GCGGUGAAACGCAGUGCGCAACAUUUCAGCUGGUUGAAGACCAGGAAGGGGUAUCGCGAUGUCCAAGGACCGGCGGGUGUUCCUCGGUGCUGCAGUGAUGCUUGCGACUUUGGUCGCUCUAUCUCAGACUGCUUCCGUUGAGUGGAAUCCGCAGUUGCUUCAAGAGGAGCUGAUGAAAAGGAGCUCAGCUGCACAGACAACGAAGUGGCAGAAAUGGCCUCUGCUGUCUCUCAUGCCACGUCAACGGCUGUACGAACAGUACGAAUCCCGCCAUGGCCAGCAGCCGCAGGGACCUGCAUACAGCGUCGAAGGGGACGACGACGACGUAGGACUAGACUCUCAGGACGAUUCCAGAAAAGCAAAACAGAGGAACAAAGCGUGCUUCUUCAAGAUAUGUUCCUUCAGCACUCGGGCCCUGAAAGGAAGAGAGAUGAAUCUAGACUGAGACCUACCUCCAUGAGAAGUUGAACGGUGACGGGGAGGGUGAUGAUGCAGAAAUAAACUUCUUUU